UGGAAGAACAACGGCCUGGCGCUGCUCUUCUGUGUGCUCCAGUUCCUCGCCUUCACCUGGUACGGCCUCUCCUACAUCCCCUUCGCCAGGGACGGAGUCAUGAAGCUGUGCUCGAUGUGCGUGUGAGUGACAGCCUCUAUCGACCAAUCAGGACGCAGGAUGCUGUGAGUGUGUCCAAUCAGAAGCCUUAAACAUUUCAACCUCCAGAAAAACUACAAAUCAGUGCCUUGGACUACAAAUGAGUGCCUUGGACUACAAAUCAGUGCCUUGGACUACAAAUGAGUGCCUUGGACUACAAAUCAGUGCCUUGGACUACAAUCAGUGCCUUGGACUACAAAUCAGUGCCUUGGACUACAAAUCAGUGCCUUGGACUACAAAUGAGUGCCUUGGACUACAAAUCAGUGCCUUGGACUACAAAUCAGUGCCUUGGACUACAAAUCAGUGCCUUGGACUACAAAUCAGUGCCUUGGACUACAAAUGAGUGCCUUGGACUACAAAUCAGUGCCUUGGACUACAAAUCAGUGCCUUGGACUACAAAUGAGUGCCUUGGACUACAAAUUAGUGCCUUGGACUACAAAUCAGUGCCUUGGACUACAAAUGAGUGCCUUGGACUACAAAUCAUGUC